AUGGGUCUGGUCGACUACUCAUCGUCCUCCGACGAUGAAGCUCCAGCACCGCCAAAGAAGCGCCUAAAAGGGCAAGAACAUGUCUCGGACUCCAAGAUGCCCCCGCUUCCUGAAGCUUUCUAUGACCUAUAUGCGUCAACAGUCCGACAAAGUGUAGUAGACGACCCGAGCUUGCAUCAGGGGCGGACGAGGCUCAAUCCUCAUGUGGCCGGCAACUGGCCCACACAUCUGUACAUCGAAUGGCAUCCGACUGAAGUGCAGCACGAAACGCUCGAUGCGCUCAUCAAAAAGACCCAGCAAGAGUUGGGAGACGACAUCCAGCUUCACUCCUUUCUCAACAGCGAUCUUGGCACAGACUUGCCUCUGCACAUUAGCCUCUCGCGACCGCUCAGCUUGCCCACGUCCAUCAAGGACGACUAUCUCACCAAAGUCAAGCACAGCAUUCGCAGUUGUGGGACGGGCGUGUUCUCAGUGAAGCCUGCUGGGUUGGCGUGGUACAAAUCCCCAGACUCGGAUCGGACAUUUUUCGUCGUACGCAUUGCUCCUACGGACGCCAAUGACGAUUCCAAGCACUUGCGGGCGUCGACUCAUCCGGAGCUCAUGAUGCUACUGACGAGGUGCAACACGGUAGCAGCGCAUUUUGAUCAGCCUCCUCUCUAUGAACAGACACAAGGGGAGUCUGCGGCUACGGCGUUUCACAUCUCCAUUGGCUGGACCCUGGGGGCGCCCGAUGAAGAAACGCGCCUUAGAGCGCUGAAGUUAUUUCAAGACAAGGAAUUUGAGGAUAUUCACGCCUGGAAUGUCAAGGUGGAUGGGGUAAAGGCCAAGAUUGGCAAUGUGGUCACCCAUAUACCCUUACUAGGGAAUGUGAAGACAAAGGAGGAGGACGAUUUUGCGGAUUCGCUCUACGGGUCGUGA